UACUCUAUUUCCUUCACAGUACCUCCGGAUGAUCCAAUCAUUAUUGGAGGACCGAUCAUCAGUCUGCGAGCUGGUGACCCCCUGAAUCUUACCUGUCAUGCUGACAAUGCCAAACCAGCAGCAUCUAUCAUCUGGAUGAGGAGGGGAGAAGUCAUCAAUGGAGCAACCUAUUCCAAGACUGUAGUUCGUGAUGGCAAGAGAGAAAGCAUCAUCAGCACCCUGUUCGUCUCUCCAUCCGACAUUGAGAAUGGCCAAAGCAUCGUCUGCCGAGCUACCAACAAAGCAGUUCCAAGUGGAAAAGAGACUUCAGUCACCAUUGACAUCCAACAUCCACCUCUCGUCAAUCUGUCAGUAGAACCUCAGCCUGUCCUUGAAGACAAUACAGUAAAGUUUCACUGUUCUGCCAAAGCCAAUCCAGCAGUUACCCAGUACAGAUGGGCCAAAAAGGGCCACAUUAUAAAGGAAGCAUCAAGUGAUGCUUAUGAGACCAUCAUUGACUUCACCUAUUUCUUUGAACCCAUCUCUUGUGAGGUGACAAAUGCUCUGGGAAGUACCAACAUCAGCAGAACAGUCGAUGUAUACUUUGGGCCACGCAUGAUGACGGAACCACAGUCUCUUCUUGUUGAUCUUGGAUCAGAUGCUGUAUUUAAUUGUGCCUGGAUUGGAAACCCAUCUCUGACCAUUGUUUGGAUGAAGAGGGGCUCUGGUGUGGUCCUGAGCAAUGAGAACACACUAACAUUAAAAAACGUGCGUCAAGAAGAUGCUGGGAAAUAUGUGUGCCGUGCUGUGGUUCCACGUGUGGGUGCAGGAGAGAGAGAAGUCUCUUUGACCGUCAACGGACCUCCUAUCAUCUCCAGCACACAGACCCAGCAUGCUCUCCAUGGAGAAAAAGGCCAGAUCAAAUGCUUCAUCCGCAGCACACCUCCACCAGACCGAAUUGCCUGGUCAUGGAAGGAAAAUGUCUUGGAGUCUGGAACUUCGGGACGAUACACGGUGGAAACCGUCAGCGCCGAUGAAGGGGUCAUCUCUACCUUAACCAUCAGCAACAUCGUGCGGGCCGACUUCCAGACCAUUUACAACUGCACUGCCUGGAAUAGUUUUGGCUCGGACACUGAGAUCAUACGUUUAAAAGAACAAGGUACGGAAAUGAAGUCAGGAGCUGGUAUGGAAACAGAAGGAAUAACCUUGAGGAACAGGAGGAAGAACCACAACCAAGACAAUGAGUCAGUGCCCAUGGCAGUCAUCAUAGGUGUGGCCGUUGGAGCUGGUGUGGCUUUCCUAGUCCUGAUGGCCACUAUUGUGGCUUUCUGCUGUGCUCGCUCCCAAAGAAAUCUGAAAGGAGUAGUUUCAGCCAAGAAUGAUAUCCGAGUUGAGAUUGUUCACAAGGAGUCUGCCUCCAGCAGAGAAAGUGAAGAACACCCAGCAAUCAAGCAGUUAAUGAUGGACAGAAGUGAGUUCCAGCAAGAUUCAGUCCUUAAACAACUGGAGGUCCUCAAGGAAGAAGAAAAAGAAUUCCAGAAUUUGAAGGAUCCCACGAAUGGCUAUUACAGCGUGAACACCUUCAAGGACCACCAUUCCACGCCCACCAUCUCUCUCUCAGGUUGCCAGCCGGAGAUGAGGCCAGCCAACAAGCAGCGUGUGCCAACCGGCAUGUCCUUCACCAACAUCUACACCACCCUGAGUGGGCAGAACCGUCUCUACGACUACAGCCAGCGCUUCAUCUUGGGCAUGGGGAGCAGCUCCAUCGAACUGUGUGAACGGGAAUUCCAGCGAGGCUCCAUGAGCGACAGCAGCUCCUUCCUGGACACGCAGUGCGACAGCAGCGUCAGCAGCAGCGGGAAGCAGGACGGCUACGUACAGUUUGACAAGGCCAGCAAAGCUUCAGCCUCAUCUUCUCAUCACUCACAGUCCUCCUCUCAGAACUCAGACCCUAGUCGGCCUCUACAAAGGAGGAUGCAGACCCACGUGUGAAAAGACAGGACAACACUGGCAAUGGACGUGAUGGGGAGGGGGGGGAAGGAGGAUAGGAUAGACUGCAAAGCCAGCGGGACAAGAGAUCACCUGGGCUGAAUCCUGGCCCUGCUGAAGUCAGCCAAUCCUGGGGGGAUGGAGGCUGUUUGACCAGUUUAUGUGUGUUCUAGUGACCUUUAGCUCCACAAAGCCCUUUUUCCCCUUCUCUAGAGUAAAGGCUAAUACUGCAAGGUGGGGGGGGGAGCUAGACCGAGCCUUGUGAUGCAGAUAGAACUCUUCAAAGAGACCUAUGCCUUCUUUCCUAGACUCCCUUCCACAAGGGGGUAGGACUCACGACAGCUGAACCCAAACUAACCUUAAGCACAAUGCCCAUUCCCUUCCUGUAGCAAACCCAGGCUUGGAAGGGGGAUGGGAACAAAAUAAAGGAGAAAGGACAGAUAACUUAUUUGGGAAAACAUGUAGGGUGGAAACAAAUCCCCUGGCCCCUUCUUUUAGGGAGGGCAGGCUUCUAAACCCAUCUGUGCAAGAGUAACAGCAUCCGUGGCUUUCAGUGGGAGGCUAAGCAUCCUUGCUUUUCCUACCAAACAAGAUGGGUCUCCCUGGAGAUUUGUAGGUAGUUAUGACCAUCGAUCACCUACCCACAAUUUGUAUUUCCCAGUUCAUCCAACUGCCUCGAUUGGCCCAGGAGAGACAUCUAAGCUAUCUUUCUCUGGCAGAUCAUCUACCUUUGGUUGGCUCCUGAAGAUAAAUGGACUGAUGGUUCUAGAAUCUUCUAUGCUUAGUGACAUCGAUUCCUGUCUGUGGACAUUUUGGAGAAGGUGCAUCUUCAACGCCCCGCUGUCACCUGCACCAGCAAAACCACCCUCCCUGCUGCUUAGCCUCAUUUGCAAAUUAUAAGGGGUGGGGGGGUAGGGAACUGUGUCCUUCAAAGCAACCUCAGACAACUGUGGCUUAACUUAAGGAAGUUUCAGUGUGAGGGGGAGGGGGACAGCCAUUGGUGUAAUAACGUGCACUGACUGCUAAUCCUGGUCUUUUAUUAUUUUUAAUGACUUUUAUUUUGUUUGGUGUUUGGUGUUUAUCAUAUUACAAUGUGUCUUUGGACAAAAAACAAAACAAAA